GGUGGGCUUUGCAGUCUGUGAAGGCAAGUGUAUCACCAUGAUCAACCUUAUAUGGGGAGGAUCUUAAGCCUGCUUGGCUGCAUAAAUCAUAGUCAAGAUGAAGACGUGAUCAUAGCGCAUUCGGCAUCGUUCGAGGAUCGGUAUACCAUUAAGUUCUGACGCGCACGAUAUAACUGUGGACUCUGGGCAUCGCUACAGAGGUGGUAGACUGCUAGGCGGGGGCUGGAGGCGAAGACAGACAAAUAUAUUUUAUGUUAUUAAUAAAACUGGUUACAAUGAAGCGCAGAAAGAUUGUGGUUGCGGCAGGCUUCUGCCUUGCCUUCUUCCUUGGUACACUGAUGAAUUUGCUGUAUAUACCAGGGUUUGAGCACCAUCAGAACCACGACCAUAGAGUACAUCGGUACUACCACGAAAAAAAGCAGCAGGUUACAGACGAUUCACAGCUUCAAGUCGGCGAGUCAGUCACUGAAGUUGUGGCCGAGUCCAAUAGUAAACCUGCCGCAGGAAGCAGGCAUCACCAGGACCUUUUGCUGCAGAUACGAGAAAGAUUUGAUGAGGUUGUGCGGUACCGUCGGCGCCAAGCACAUGGGUCUGGCACCGGAGACCCAGUCCGCCCGCUGGAGAGACGGAGGCUCAUGGAUUCAGAGCCAGGGGACAAUUGGGACACUAUCAAAGUCAUUGAGCGAACCGAUAACCGACAGACGCAUGUUCAAAAUCGACUUAAACCAUCCACAUACAUGCACACAGCAUCACGGAAAGAUUUCACUAUGAAUUUGAGGAGCAUUAACGGUACACUGAUGCUUGGCUGCAGCAGCAUAGACAACGUGACCAAUGUUCAGUACCUCGGCUCAGGCUACACAAAGGCUGUCUACAAGGCGUCUCUCAACAACAGCUUGUCCGUGGCUCUGAAAUCGGUGGAUUUCGGGGGACACGAUAUGGAAAAUUGCGUAAAGAAAUAUGGAUCACCUGGAGACUGCUACACACUGGCGUCCUUCAAAAUAGUGAAAGAAAUGACGCUGAUGGAAAGGCUACAGCACCCCAACAUUCUAAAGUUGUAUGGGUACUGCUACCAGGAAAGCAAUGACAUCCAGGACACGGUGACUGCCAUCACAGAGCUGGGAAGUCCUCUGGAGAUGAUCCAACUACUGCAGACCUCCUGGGAGGAACGCUUCAGGAUCUGUCUGAGUCUGGUGCGUCUGCUCCACUACCUGGCCCACUCCCCUCUGGGCUCUGUCACCCUGCUGGACUUCAGGCCUCGCCAGUUUGUCCUGGUGGCGGGGGAGCUCAAAGUAACAGACCUGGACGACGCCAGCACAGAGGAGGCCCCCUGCUACCCCUCUGACUGCGUCAUGGAGUUUCCCGCCCGCAACUUCACACUCCCCUGCAGCAGAGGGCGCUGCCUGGGCAUUAACGAGAAGCGCAACCUCUACAAUGCCUACAGGUUCUUCUUUACAUACCUGCUGCCUCACAGUGCCCCACCCACUCUAAGACCCCUACUGGACAAGAUAGUCAACUCCACAGGAGAGCUGAUAUGGGGGAUAGAUGAGACGCUGCUUCAGUUGGAGAAAGUGUUGCACCUGUACAGAAAUGGAUUUUACCUUCAGAACAGCACACAGACACACAGAACAGACUAUAAGCAUGUGGUGGAUGCCUCUAUUCCUGGGGAGAACUACCGCUGCUGGCCAUCCUAUCAGCACGAUGGAUGUCUGCUAUCAGUCUUCAGCAUCACAGAGGCUAUUGGUGUGUGUGAGAGCCAUGCCCAGUGCCAAGCAUUUGUACUGACCAAUCAGACCACCUGGACAGGUCACCAGCUUGUAUUCUUCAAGACGGGCAGUGCCAGUCUGAGCUCUGCCAAGGGACGGGUCACCUACGUCAGAGUUGGCAGCUGAAUCAACGGAGGGGGAGGAGACUUAACUGCCAAACCUCCCUCUGAUUGGCUAACCUGCUCCUGGGGCAUGCCCUCACGGCUUAGUGAGUCACCCCAUUGGAUGGGUCGGACAGAGGGAGUUGAAGAUGGAUCCUAGAACACACCCUCCAUGGGGCAUAGAGAAGCCUAACCCAAACCAGCUCCCACUGAAGUGCAAUAAUAUCACUAGGAGAACAAUGUUACAAUAUUGCUCUUCAUAUGUGUUCUGCAAAGGAAAAUGUUGGGUUGUGCAAGGCUAUAGCUCAGGGUGUAGUGAGGUUACCCUCCUAGCUAAGAAGGGUGAGAGUGCACGCCUGAGAUUCCCCUCCUGUGCCCCCUAAACUACACUACAUGUUCAAAAGUAUGUGGACACCUGCUCAUCAAACAUCUCAUACCAAAAUCAUGGGUAUUAAUAUGGAGUUGGUUCCCCC